AGCUGAUAACAAAAAGCUUAAAGGUUCUUGCAGAGAGUUGUGUCACUCAGAAGUUCAGCGGCAUUGUUGCGUGCAGAAACAGGCUUUGACACCAUGGCGUUGAGUCGUGAACUUGAGUUUUUAACGCUGCUUCAUCUGCUGCUGUGCUGUGAAUCUCUAUCUCUACCACAAAUGGAGUUCCCCAUCAAGCACACCUGGGACAGCAACCCUGUGGACCACGACCCCAUCAGGGUGGUCUUCUCCCCUGGGCUGGGGGGAUUGAGGAUGUAUGUGUAUGGGCCGUUCUUCAAUGAUCCUGCAGCUCCUGCUGGACCUCCCAGUCAGGCCUUCCCUGCACUCUGGAACUAUGAGGUUGUGGAGUCUUUCUUCCUUGAUAGCACUACAGAGAAUUACCUGGAGGUGGAGCUUUGCCCGCACGGACAGCAUCUGAUCCUGCUGCUGUCGGGAGUGGGCCAAGCGUUCACGCAACAGCUGCCCAUGGUGUUCACCACCACCAUCACAGGAGACCGCUGGUUCGGAGAGGCUCUUAUCCCCUGGUCCUAUUUCCCUCCCAAUGUCAACAAAAUGAACUCCUAUGCUAUUCACGGGUCUGGAGAGAAGCGGACGUACGAGGCUCUUUACCCCAUCCCCAAAGAAGAGAUCGUGGAGGGACAGACGGCCAACUUCCACCGUCUGGAGUAUUUCCAAGACUUCCGCCUGCAGAGCAUUAUGGGAGAGGAUUGGAUCCAGCCAGAAUCCGAUCUGUGGCUGGGAAAGCCAUGAGCUUUCAAAACAACAACAAACGCUGCUUCUUUCUCUCCUUUCGUGUUUUCUUUUCACUCAUAGAUGCAAACUCACCGCAGCAGCAGCGGGGCAAAGCCUUUUGACAGAAAGCAGAGAGCCGCUGUCUUCAGGAAUCAGUCAUGCGAAACGAGAUGACAGGAAAGGUGUCAUCUGUCUGUCACUCACAUCAGAUACACACAUCACAUGCUGCUGGACAUCAGCUCCGCCGGCCCGAGCAAAGUGUGGCCUGCAGCGCUGACGGGCUCGCAAGCUCCGUUUGACAUUCAGCUCCCCUCCUGCUCGGUUCAGACGUUUCCUUUGAUUCUUUAGCCCGAUUCAACAAAAACACUCGCACAAGCAGCUCAUGUAAAAUCGUUUUUGCAAUAACUCCUCCCUUUCUCGUAGAUCCACACUAUGAAAUAAUCUGUCCAAAGCUCCUUUCUGCUUUGAUGAUUCCACUCAGUUUCUGUCCAGAGAUUCUGCUUUGUGAUUUUAUUCCUAUGACAUUCACACGUAUAAGCAGCAAAUCAUGUCUCACUGCUUAAACAUUUUAAAUAUUUUUUUUAUUUUCCGUUUGUAUUAAAUUGAAUUUAAAAUGAAAGUUGUAUGUGAAUGAUAUUUUACUGUUGAUUUUCCUUGUCAGUUUUACUGUGAUUGUAAGGAAUUAAGCACAAUACAGACAGAUCCUUAAAUAAGUCUUAUAAGGUCUUGAAUUUUUUGAACUUAUAAAAGCAAUAAAUUGUCUUAAAUUCUGGUGAA